AUGCGGCCUGCAGUGUCCCUUACCGCAGCUGGCUGCAGCGCCGCUUCAUUAGCAUCCCCAGCAAAGUCAGGCGCAGAACCCCAGAAGACCAUCGUCGCCACUUCUGGGGUGCCUAUGGAGGUGUGCGGACCGAUAAAGGUGGCAGCGACGGCAUCGAAUGGGGCGCGAGUGGACGCCGUCACAGCGGCGCACGCAGGCAGCACGACUCCGCGUGCACAUCAAGACCCAGACAAGGAGAGCUCUAGCAGCAGCCCUACUAGCGCCAAGUGCGCGCAGCCACCGUAUACACGUCGCAACGGCGGCGGCAGCAGCGCUGAUGCUGAUGACUCGGCACUUGACAAGCGCGCUGACGGGAAGGACGAUGUUGAGGAAGACGAGGAGGAUAUCGUGGUGGAUGAGCUGGACCUGUACUGCAGCGCCCCGGCGUUCCUGUAUCAGAGCCCGGAGACCGACAUCACCGGGAGCGAUCCCGCAAUCGAUCUCUACCGAUCCUCAGCAAAGUCAGUCGCGUCGGCGGUGCCACCGGCUGGGCGAAGAGCCGUCGCCGCAUUGUCCUCAGCUUGUGCGCCCUCAUCCUCAGCAUCGUCGACGGCGUCUUGCAAACCUUGCGGAAGGGACACCUCAGCCGAUGAGCGCCGUCACCGAGACGAGGACAAGCCGUCAGGCGAGCGGAGCGUAGUCAGUGGUGAGGCGGACAGUGGGGCAGGUGACCGCCGUGUCGCCGGGGCGCUGUCGCACCCGCAAACAGCGACCUCCACGUACCUGCACGGCGCCGACGACGCUGAACCAACUGCCGGCUUUGAGGGGCGUGAUGCCGCGGCGCCGAUCGCACACAGAAGUCGUGGCGACGAUGCGAAGCGGUCGGGUAAGCGUGACGGCCACGGAGGUAAUCCCAACGCUGGCGUGUGCUCACCGACACUGUCUCCGUCGCGGUCCGCCUCCGCGUGUGCGUCCUCAUCAUCAUCCGCACGUCGGCAAGGGUGGAGUGGUGGCAGUGACCACGGCAGAGGCGGUGGCGAGCAUGGCGCCGGCGAUCACGGGAGCCCAGGUGGAGGUGCAUUGAUGACCCAAGGAGCGGCAGCACAGUCCACUCCGACCGCCACCGUUGAUGCCCAGGCACCGCCGACGCCUCUACUGCGCUCGUCCGCGGCAGUGACAGCGGCAGCGUUACCGCCAGCACGGCAAGUCUCCGAAGCAGAGGAUGCUCCAUACAUGCCGCCGUUGAUGGAUGAGCUCGACGGUGAGCUCCUUCAGCUAAUCAAGGCGUACUACCUGCGCAAGCAGUCGACGGCUGCAGCGGCCACCCCACUGUACCCGCCACCGCCGCCACACGCUGCGGCGUCAUCGUCGACCUUGGCGUCGACGUGCUGCGUAGGUCACCAUCUCAAUCCCAUGAAAAGCGGGUGCAGCAGUGGGAGCGCGGGCGGCAGCGGCGGCAGCAGACUUGCAGAGACCGUGGCAGCGGCCGAGAAGCAAGGAACUGGUAGUGGCUCGGAUGCACUGCGUGAUUCACACCCUCCGCUCCUGCCGGCUGGUGACCGGCGUGCCGCCGCUGGGCUGAGGCUCGCGGAGGACGUGCUCCACCGACCUCCUUGCCUGGCCAUGACCCGCGUUAGUGUUCACAGUGACAGCACUCGCGUGGGCUUCGCAGCAGCAGCAGCAGCGACGGUAGCAGCGCCCAGCUUUUCCCCGCAGCAGCGCACCUCCGCAACGGCUACCUCACUGUACGAUCCUAUGACACUCGGGGAGGCAAGCAGGGGACAGCACCGAGCCGCAGCGGCGAGCGGGGCCGCCACCCUCGCCGAGGGCACGGCAACCCUGCACCACCAAACCCAAGGCGGCACCAACAUCAGUGGAGGCGGCGGAGCUGGCGGUGCGCUCAGCGGCGGCAUCGCCAGCAGCCUCAGCGCUCUCUCCAGUUUGCCGUCCUACAGCUCCACCUCCUUUGUGCGCGCCUACGUCUCCGACAUUAGCCUCAGCCUCGAGCCCGCCAUCAUCGUGUCGGCGCUGACGGCGGCCCUCAACAUCAUUGUUGUGUACUUCCUCCAGCAGCACGUGCUCGACACCCGUGAUCACCUCGGCCUCUUCCUGAUCGGCAGCUACAUGGUCUUCGCCUCGUACUACAUGAUCUACUACUUCCUCGAGCGGUUCUCAGACUCGUUCCGCCGCAUCGCGUCACAGGAUAAGAAAUUCUACAUCAUCGGCAACCUCAUCAAGGCCGGCAUCCUCAUCUCCAUCACGCCAUUCGCGUGCGUGCACCUCGUCAAGAUCAUUGUUUUCGAGGAGUGGGAGAGCGACACACUGCGCAACCUCGGCUGCAUCUACACGAUCCCCGACUUUAUAUCCAUGGUCAUUGUGCGGCGCAUGCGGUGGUCGACGUGGGUCCAUCACGCCUGCGUCGUGCUCUUCAACUACGUCAGCAUCAUGAACAACUACCAGCACGAGAACGUGUGCCGCUGCGUCGUCGUCUACGCGGCCUUUUCGUCCUUUGCCUACUGCGUGAACGUGCUCUUGGCCUCCCGCUUCCUCGGCGUCUCCGUGAACGUGGCGCGGGUGCUGUCGUUCGUGGCGCUCGUCGUCUACGCCCUCUGUUGCGCAGUGAACUGGGCCUGGCAGGUGUACUACCUGCGCCGCCUCCUCAUCAGCGGCCACGAUCACUGGACCGUGUACGUGUACAUGCUCCUCAUCUCCCUCGUCAUGUGGGAUGAUAUUGUGCUAAACAGUUGGUUGCUGCACCAUGCGCGCAACAACGCCUACGUCGCCUCGCAGCACCUGCAGCAGCAGCAGCAGCAGCAGCGCACCCGCCAGCAGCAGCAGCAGCAGCCGUCGCCGGCGCCAUCACGGAUGACUUCGGUGCGCCUGUCGCAGCGUCCCAGCCCCCUGUACCGUAGCCAGGGCACGCGCGCCGUCUACACAGCACCGCCGCUGCCGCCGACUGGACUGCCCCCGCGUGCACCCUAG